UUGAAUUUAUUUUGUUGUGUCUUACGUGUUCUAAAAUCAUAUUUCAGCCAUGGAAACAAAGAAGUAUUUUCCUGCCGGGGAAUCAAAUUGGCAGUGGAUUGGUUUUUGGAAAGAGGCCACAAAGAUGUUACAGUUUUUGUUCCGGCUUGGAGAAAAGAGCAGUCCCGGCCUGAUGCUCUUAUCACAGAUCAAGAAAUUCUGCGGAAAUUAGAGAAGGAGAAAAUCCUGGUGUUCACACCAUCCCGACGAGUGCAGGGCAGGCGGGUGGUGUGCUAUGAUGACCGGUUCAUCGUGAAGCUGGCUUUUGAGUCAGACGGGAUCAUUGUGUCCAAUGACAACUACAGGGACCUGGCAAACGAGAAACCGGAGUGGAAGAAGUUCAUAGAUGAGCGAUUGUUAAUGUACUCCUUUGUCAAUGACAAGUUCAUGCCCCCUGAUGACCCUCUUGGCAGACACGGCCCAAGCCUGGAUAAUUUUCUGAGGAAGAAACCUAUUGUUCCUGAACACAAAAAGCAGCCUUGUCCAUACGGAAAGAAGUGUACCUAUGGACACAAGUGCAAAUAUUACCAUCCCGAGAGGGGCAGUCAGCCGCAGCGGUCGGUGGCCGAUGAGCUUCGUGCCAUGUCUAGAAAUACCGCGGCCAAAACCGCCAACGAAGGCGGACUGGUGAAGAGCAACAGCGUUCCCUGCAGCACGAAAGCGGACAGCACUUCCGACGUCAAACGAGGUGCUCCAAAGAGGCAGUCGGACCCAAGCAUAAGGACCCAAGUCUACCAAGACCUAGAGGAAAAGCUUCCCACCAAAAACAAAUUGGAAACCAGGUCUGUACCCUCUUUAGUUAGUAUCCCGGCUACUUCUACUGCAAAACCCCAAAGCACUACAUCUCUAAGCAAUGGCCUUCCAUCUGGAGUUCACUUCCCACCUCAGGAUCAAAGACCCCAGGGACAAUAUCCUCCAAUGGUGAUGGCAACCAAAAAUCAUGGAACGCCAAUGCCUUAUGAACAGUAUCCCAAAUGCGACUCGCCUGUUGACAUCGGAUACUACUCCAUGUUGAAUGCAUAUUCAAACCUGAGUAUCUCAGGCCCACGCAGUCCUGAAAGGCGUUUCUCCCUGGACACAGAUUACAGGAUCAGCUCCGUAGCUUCUGACUGCAGCAGUGAAGGGAGCAUGAGCUGUGGGAGCAGCGACUCCUACGUGGGGUACAACGACCGGUCCUACGUCAGUUCUCCCGACCCUCAGCUGGAAGAGAAUCUCAAGUGCCAACACAUGCGCCCGCACAGCCGCCUUAACUCCCAGCCCUUCCUGCAGAAUUUCCACGACCCCUUAGCUAGAGUGCAAAGCUACAGUCACGAAGAACCAAAGUACCAUCACAAGCCUCCUCUGCCGCACCUGGCCGUGCAUCUGCAGCACCCAGCCGUGGGCGCCCGCUCCAGCUGCCCCGGCGAGUACCCCUCCCCCCCGAGUUCCGCGCACCCGAAGGCGCCCCACCUGGGCCGGUCCCUCGUGGCCACGCGCAUAGACAGCAUUUCGGACUCCCGGCUGUACGACAGCUCGCCUUCCCGACCGAGAAAGCCUUACUCCCCGCAGGAAGGGCUGGGAAGCUGGGAGCGGCAGAGCUACGGCCUGGACGCGUACGGCUACCGGCAGACCUACUCCUUGCCCGACAGCUCCACGCAGCCGGGGUACGAGCAGUUCACCUUCCAGAGCCUGCCCGAGCCGCAGGAGCCGGCGUGGCGCGUGCCGUACUGCGGGAUGGCCCCGGAGCCUCCGAGGUACCAAGACAGCCGAGAAAAGAUCUACAUCAACUUGUGCAACAUCUUCCCCCCGGACCUUGUGAGAACUGUCAUGAAAAGGAACCCUCACAUGACAGACGCCCAGCAGCUCGCCGCGGCCAUUCUGGUGGAGAAGUCACAGCUGGGCUAUUGAAAGAUGAUGCAUCUUUGUGGUGUUUAGUAGUUUUUGUUCAGCUCAAAUGCUGAGGGAGGUUUGCUACAAUAGCACACGUGAUCUCCUUCUCGGCAAGGAGGUUAUCUAGUAUCCAUUUAUGUGAAAUACUGUAUCAUGGAAUCUGUAUGUAUAGAUAGCCCCACGUAGUGGAAGUAUCACGGGAUUGCUUUACAUUCAAACUUUUUUUUAAACAUUUCCUUUUUAAAGCUCUCUCCUUGGCUGGAAAUUUUUCCAGUUUGAUUUAUUAGAUGUCUCUGUGAUCUUUGAUAUUAAUCUUUGGUGCAUCAGGGGUUUAUAUGCAGCACUUUUUAUCCUUGUUUCGUGUUUUAUUAACUUGGUGUUUGUCUAUCAAUUGCAAGCAAUUACGAUACUUUCAGAAUGUCGAACAUUUGACUAGACCCUAGCCGACUAUUUUUGCAAGCCAAGCUUAAUUGGAAUCUUUUACAGCUUUUUAAGUUAUUUUUAUUUGGGGAAGGUGGGCUUCUUUGUGCUAUAAUCAUUAUUUAUAGAAACAAAGAUAUACUACAGCACUGACUUUAUAUUUUAAACAAAAUGUAAGUUACCAGUUUAUAUGGAAAUGGGUAACAGUCUAUAUUAGAAUGAUUUACAAUAUGGCACUUUUCAUUGUUUUAUUUUUGUUCGGAUUUUUUUUUCUGUUAAUUAAUUUAAUACGGUUGACUUAAAGGAAAGCAGAUGCAAUCAAUGGAAAAACUGUUUCCAUUUUUUUUUUUUUUUUUUUUUUAACGAGUAAGGCAAAAGCCGUAACUAUUCCAGUUUAGAGCUUUGUUAUCCAGCUAUGAUGUGCUUCUAGACGGUAGAAAAUGGAAUUGAAUUCCCAGAUUCUCAUUAACCUGUAUUUUUAAUGUGUUCGUCCUUCUUGUUUCGGGGCACAACAAUACUGGAUAAAAGAACCCUUUCACAGUACUUGCCUGUUUUUAAUGAAUCUAAUUAUUCUCAAUGCAACUUUUAUAUUUAAUAUACUCUUUAGCUUUCCUGCUAUUUAUCAAGGCUGGCCUGAGGUGGGUGUAUGUGUUGAGGAUAUGCAAAAUUUAUCGAUACUGCACUAUAGGAAUGGUGGUGGUGGACGUGUUGUAAGUGGUAACUUAAAAAUGUUUGUAAGAUACUGUAUAUUUUCCAUUUUCCUGAAGGUAGUUUUUUGGGGGGCCUGUUAUAUUAUUAAGGCCAGAUUCUUGCCACAAAUAGUGUAGUUUUAGCUACAGACUAAAGUCUGUUCUAGUAUUAGUAAGGGAUAUUUCUGGUUUCAGAGUCAUGGGUUUUGCUAGAUGCGAAUUCAUCUUCGUCCUCAGCAGACAGACCUCGCAUUGAGGGGCAGUCGGGUACCUCACAUGACUUCACUGUUGCCUCCAGGCUCCGAGUUUCACUUCGUGCGACAGACCCCCUCCUGAUCUGUGUCUGUCGUCUGCCUCGAUGCCCGGGGUAUUCCGACCAUUCUCCAUGCUGCAGUUUGAAGGAAAGCCCUGAAAAGCCAGAAAGUACCUUUUACUGUUGAUACAAAUUGUAUCUUUUUAACUAUAAGAACUAUUUUGAUUUGUAGAUCUAGUGAAAACACAAAUGUGUAACUAUGAUUAGACUUUUGGGCAACAUUUUAUCCCUUAUUUAAAUACAAAAUUUUAAAGUACAAUUGAGGUCUAGGAUAGGGUAGAAGAUAAAAGUAACAAUUUAGGUAAGUAAAAGUGUCUGUCUUAGUUUUAUAGAAUAUAUUAAAAUAUAUUAAAUACAUUUAUUGGCAUUUUCUUUCUCCUAAAACUUAUCUAGCGAGAACUUAAAAAUAAAGGUAAAAUGCUGCCUGAAAAUAAUGUCCAAGCACCUUUGACUAGGAUAACAUUUUCACUACUUGUGUGACACUGUGUGUUGCACGAAGUAGGAUUUGGGUAUACAGUAAAUGCUUCUAAAAGGCAUUGUGCAUAUUGACAUAUCCAAUAAUCUGAACCGUGUUCAGCAAACUUAAUUCAGGAAAGUGGUGUUCUACACAAUUAUUGCUGUUGUUGUUGAGGUGAGUGUGGCCCUCCUCUGUACCCAGAAACCAUGCAGACGGUGCCACGCAAACCAUUCUGAGUGAUGUCUGGGUGCGACCCUGCUCACUUUGUGAAUCUCUUCUCCCUGAUUUCGUCCGUCACUCUCAGUAGAACAAGUUUAAGUGUAGAAGUAAACUAGUGCCAAAAAUAGGGUUACAGUUGUGGAGUACCGUUUAUUUUAGUCAUGUUCUAAGCCUUUUUUUUUUUUUAAGUAUGAAAUCCUUUUUACAUUGUAGGUUUUCCUCCCAUUUUCUUCAUGUUAGCGUUUUCACUAUCUGAAGACUCUGCCAAACUUUACUAAAUCGAUUUCAGGAAGAUCUUCAGUGACUUGUGUAUCAUACUUUCAGUCUGAGUUGCUCGUGUUUUUAGCUAACUAUUUGUCAUUGCUUCGUGGGUUUUAAACCAUGGAAAGAGUGUAGCUCGCCACUGCCUGUCCUGAAGUGAAUAGCUCUAAACUGCUCGCACUGAAAGCCUUCAGUAGAAUGACCUGUGAGUGAAGAAGUACGAGUUUUCUUAGGUCAAGAGAACAAUGUGUCCCCUCCCCCCCCCUUUUUUUUCGGGCACCCAUGUUGCUUUCGGAGCUUAAGAAUGAGAGAUUUGGAAGAUUUUAGAUACAGCAAAUUCUUAAUUCUCUCAAGCAAUAAGUAAAAGGAUCCAUCACUAAAUUAAAUCCAUAGCUGAUCCCAACCUUCAUUGCAGCCAAAACUUUCACCUUAAUCCUAUCUUUUACCAGAUUUGAUAGCAGAUAACUGGAGAGGGAGGUGUUAGCAGAGAAAUGCCCAGAGCGGUCACCUGCUAGAAGAGAGAGAAUUCCGAUUGGAGCAUUCGGCCCCUGACAGUUGGCUGUACUUUACCCAGUAAUUAGCCAGUUCACGGUCUCGGUGUCUCAGUAGAGAGGGAGCAGCAUCCAGCUGGCCGAGUCCCGGCCCUCACGGCUUCCUCCCUGCACGUGAUACGUCUGUUUUCCGUCCGUUUACGAUCUCUGUAUCCUGAUAGAGUUUGUCAUUGACCUCAACGUUUGAAAGAAACGCACACCAGUAUCAAAUGUGUGAUACUGGUAGAAACUUGAACUUUGUGCUUUUAUGAAAUUUCCUUUAUGAGAAUAUGUAAUAUAACUUAAAAAAAAGAGCAUUUUUAUAUGUAUAUAUACAUCCACGCCUACAUACCUGUCAUGAAAGUAUGAAAAACGGGAGAGGGUGUUAUGCUGUCGGUCUGACCUUCCCCUCACCGAACUACGUCUGAGUUGUGGAGGACCAAGCCUGCAGCCCAGUGACCAACGAGAAGGUUUUAGAACCACUUGAACGGAAAGCAACUCUUCAGUGGUUUUAUUCCUGGUAUUUUUAAAGAGUUAUUUUGAUAAUUUUAAUAGAAUGUGUAAUUUUAAAACACAAAAAACUUAAAGUAGUAUUGAUUAUACAGAUAAUUAUUUAACAUGUCUUUUACGGAUGUAUCCAUGUAUAUGGACAGUAAUAUAUUUAUGAAACAAAUAUACUUUGAUUAUGUUGUAGCUCUUAGUUUGUGAUAGGUUAGAUAGGGCUCUGGAUAUGUAUGUGUGUGUGUGUGUUGAAAACUCUUGAGCUGUUUUUCCCCCGAUUUAAUGGCACUGACCCUAAGGUAUAUUUGUUUUCGUUCUCAUUUUUGCUAUCCAACUGACUUACUCAAGAUGAGCUAGUUCCUAGGUAUACACCCACAAAUACAACGAAGUGUAAAAUCCAUGAACUACACACGUGCAUUAGCGUCAGAGAAAGUGAGUUAAUCCAAGCUAGAGAAGCACGCAUUAUUUCAGAUCGGCCUGGGAAACUCCCUAGGGCCGGGACUGACCCAACUUUUUCGGUCAAGGAUCAGGCAGGAACUCAUCCAGGCCUUGAGAGUCAUCUGGUCUCUCUAAACUGCUCAUCUCGGCUCGUACAACACAAACGCAGCGCAGAUGAGAAAGUAAAUGAGCAGUGUGGCCGUGGGGCAAUAAAACCUUCCUUAGCAGCGGCCUGGCUGGGCUGGUGGGCAGCGUUCGCGCCUCCCCGGCCCAGAGGGAGAAAACCCAGGAUUAUUAAGCCGGAAGUCCUGAUACAUGUUAAUGUAAGAAAUAAGAACUGUGUCAGUUGACAUUCAAAGACAGUGUUAUUACUGAUGGCCUUCCAAAGAGGAUUGCAAGACGGUCCUAUUAAAGCAUCCGAAUUUCCUUGUUUAUUCUGUCUUAUCCAUUACUUAUUAGAGAUACUUCUCAGUGUUUAACCGCACACACAAAAAAGCAUUCUGGCAACAGAUGUUUUAAUAAGUAUUGAAAUUUUUUCAUGAACUUUGUAUUUCUCUUGACAAAUGGGAAUACCUUACCUGCAUUUAGUUUUUUAUGGGCCUCAUGGACCAAAAAUUCUGUUGUAUUUUGAAAAUUAGCAUGUAAUUAGCCACAAAAUAUUUUAAAGACUACAUUUGUCAGUUACAUCUUUCUGCUGGUUUUUUGACUUCUAAAAAAUGACAGAUGUGCCCUUCUUUAAAAAUGGUUUUAAAGGAGAUAAAUAUAUUGUAAUUUCACAUACUAUAGCUUUAUUCUGUAAGAUUAAAAAUUGUGACUAGUGUAAUUGUAGCUAUAAUGUGCAUUUGCUGUAUUGUGACUCUUUUAAGAAACCAAGCGUAUCCCUGCUUUCUCUGUCCAAACCUUUAGUAUAGAUCUUUUUAGACACCUUAAGACUGUCCUUGGUGAAUGAUAUUCUUGAUCAUGUGUGAUUUUAAAUUCAUUGAAACUACACACUGUUGAGCGUGUUCAUUCACAGUGCUUUAUAAACUGUGUUAACAUUAUAACAUUAUUUCUGUAAGAACAUUAAAUAGUUUUGAACAUUACCAUCCACUUCAGUUAUACUUUUAAAGUUGGAAUACAACUCUAGCUUUUUAACAGUGUUUACAGCUUAAAAUGGUUUUUUUUUUUUUUUCUUUAACGCCAUCUGUUAACCUGCUCUUUGUUACAGUAACAGUUAUGUGUUAGGAGUAGCUUUUUCCCUAUGGUCCCUAGUCUUGAGAUUUAAAAACAAUUUAAGGUUUUGACCAUUUGGCAGUUAAAACUUUUUUGAAAAGUCUGUCCAUCUAUUAAUUUAGUUUGAUAAAAUUUGUAAAACUUCACUUUUAAACCAUGUACCAAAUCUGCCAAGUGUCUGUAUAAAAUAUUUCGGUUGAAUAACAAAUUGUUGUCCAUUAAAGCUUUUGACCCCUCUCUCACUUAAAGCAGUUCAUGUCUCAAGGGAAAAAAAACAUUGAAAAGCAAUGGCUUGUUUUUAUAUAUGUUUUAGAUUUUCUUUGGUUUUCUGAAAUUACAGGUUUUCUACAUAAUACAAAGUACCCACAAACAGACCAACUUCCUCAGAGACGUAAACCCAGGGCUGCCAAUGAACCAGAUGACUGAUGUCAUCAUUUCCUGUUAGCUUGUUCCCCCAUUCCCACCCCCCGGACCCUCGUCCUGUGCUGAAGGAAUUUCCAAUUUGGUUCCUCCCAUUUUUCUUACAGGAAAAUAAGGUACAGAAUGUUUAGAACAACCAUCUGACAAACUGAUGUGAUUCUGUUUAUCCUCUGUUCUCUGUGUUUCUGUAAUGGAAUUUUUACAACUCCAAAAAGCAGUAUUUUAGACUUACUGGAAAUCCAUAUCGGAACAGUGAUGUGAAUCUGCCACUGAGAAAAAAAAAUUAAAAUUUUCGUUUUUUUUUUUUA